AUGCUAAAACGUUGUUUGCCAAGUGGUUGGAGGAAGAGAAAAUCGGAAACUGUUGCUGUGGUCAAAGGAGAUAAAGGCGCCAACAUGGAUACAUUCACAGCCAACAACAGUGUGGAGAAAUUAUCUGAGAUUCAACAGUUUGCAGAAUCGGAAAUGGUCGAUAUUCACGUCGGAACGGAUGAGAAAUUGGGACACUUCAAGGUUCAUAAGUCGAUUCUCUGCCAGAAAGUUCUAUAUUUUGAAAAGAUGUUCAAUGAAAACUUUCUGGAGAGUGCAACAAAUUCUACAAAUUUACCCGAAAAUGAUCCCAAAGAUUUUAAUAUACUUAUGUCCUGGAUCUACUCAGGCCAAUUACCUGUGGUUAAUGAAAAACACGGUGAUCCUUUCAACUGGUCGCUUCAUGAACUAUACUCGCUAGCAGACAAACUGUGUCUUCCGAAGUUUAUGGACCAAAUAUUGGAUGCCGCUCUUUUCGCUAUGAGGGAUAAAUGGAUACCUGAUAUUCCAAUGUUGCAAAAGAUGCAAGAUUACUCACCUCGCAAGUCCUGUGGAUUGUUCCGACUCAUUUGCUCUUGCAUAUGCUUCAUAUUGUGCUCAAUACCAGAAAAGACUACUAUCAACCAUUGGCCAACAGAAGAUAUUGACUCGUUUCUCGUUCGCAACGACGACCUGAGACAUGAAGUUUUCAGAAGGCUUAGAGCACAAUCUGUGGGAAUAAAAUACCUAGACCCCAGAAUCCCUCCAUACUGCCAAUUUCACGAACAUGCAAAGGGAGAGCCGUGUUCUCAGAGAAUGUAG